CGGACUUUAAUCGCAAAACGAUAACCGGCGCCGCUCGAUCUUCUCCUUCUCUUCGCUUUAAUUAAUAAUGACAAAUUAUUAACUGGCAAAGUAAACAGCUCUCACACUCGUGCCCGAUCUUAGCACCUCCAACGCAUGGAAGAAGGGAGGGCACACUGAGAUGGCUCAGUACAGGCAAUCGGGGACAGAGAGGUUCGGUCGCCACGAUCUACACCAUCAUUCCCCUUCCAGCGGCUCUUCCGAUCAAGUGUCAAUCGGUAUUCGCCCUUCCACGAAACCGGCUCGGAGCCGUCGUUCGGCUCGAUCUGACAAGUCACGCAGUUGCUUCUCCGUCGGCACCUGUGUCGCCUUCCUCGGUCUUCUACUCGCCGCCAGUAUUUUAGCGUACUAUCUCCUCUCCAGAGACAAAGUAAGUAGUAAUCAAGCUGAGGACGAUGAGUUGAAGAGUGACUCGGAUUUUCUCACGAAUGUGACAAGAACAGAUGCGUAUAAAGUCCUCUGGUUUGGCCAUGGUUCAGCGGGACAUGGUGGGGACUCAAGGUAUUGGGAUAGGGAUGAUAGGAGAAGGGACGAAGGUUACACUGAGGAUGAGGUAGGGCAUAGUAAUACAAUUGAUGGGGUUAAAUCUAGUGAUCAUGGCAAAGAGAGGGCAAAAUCAAAGAAUGGAAAAGACUUGGUUGAGCAAAUAAAGUCUUCGGAACAGAGGGGAGAACGGUUAUACAAUGAGGAUGGCCGUAAUGAGUUGACUAAAUAUGAGGCCGAGUAUGAGGAGUCUCUGAAGAAUGCUGGUCAAUCGGUGGAAGAAAUAAGCAUCAAGGAUUACGAGGAUUAUGGGAAGCAGAGCGAGGCCAUUGAUGAUGGUGACAAGGAAUAUGAUGAUGGAAAUGAUUUUAAUGAUGAUCGAGAAGAAGAUGAUAAUUUUGGACAUGAGAAGGGCUAUCAUUCUGAUGGAGCUCAAUCUUACCAUGAAGAUCGUAGGGAUUCAUUUGAUUUCUCUAAUGUCUCCACAAUCAAGAACCGGAAUGUUCCCAAUGAGGAAGCAAAAGUCUCCAUAAAUUCAUUGAAGAAGGACUCUUCUUUAAACUCUAGAGAUUCUAUUACCGCUGAUGCAAAUUCUAUACAUGUUAGUGCCAUUGAUAACCAUUCUACUAGUAAAUCAGGGUCAGAACCUAAAAGGAAACCAAAGCGUCGCAAAUUUUCUGGGCCUUGCGGGAUGAAAUUUUUGAACUCUACUGCACAGCUUGUAGAGCCUUUUGAAAGCCGAAAGUUUGCUAGAUUCUCUUUGCAGUACAAAAAAAUGGAGAAGAAGCCACAAGGACCAGACCAGUGGGAGCCAAGAUUUGCUGGACAUCAGAGUUUGCAAGAACGGGAAGAAUCUUUCUUGGUGAAUGAUAAAAGUAUAAAUUGUGGCUUUAUUAGAAGUCCUGAAGGCUCCCAAAGUACAGGUUUUGACUUGUCAGAAGAUGAUGCAAAUUAUAUUAGCAGAUGCCACAUUGCUGUGAUUUCGUGUAUCUUUGGUAACUCAGAUCGUCUGAGAUCGCCUACUGGAAAAACGGUUACUCGUUUAUCAAGGAAAAAUGUUUGUUUUGUUAUUUUCGUGGAUGAGAUUACUUUUCAAACAGUUUCUUCAGAAGGCCAAAUGCCAGAUAGAAGUGGUUUCAUUGGUUUAUGGAAGGUUGUGAUUGUGAAGAAUCCACCUUAUACUGAUAUGCGCAGAGUGGGCAAAAUACCGAAACUGUUACCACAUCGACUUUUUCCUUCUGCCAGGUAUUCAAUUUGGUUAGAUAGCAAAUUACGUCUCCAAAUCGAUCCUCUUCUUAUCCUUGAAUAUUUGUUGUGGCGAAAGGGUUAUGAAUAUGCCAUUUCUAAUCACUAUGAUCGGCAUUGUGUCUGGGAAGAGGUUGCCCAAAACAAGAGACUGAACAAGUAUAAUCAUAGCAUUAUAGAUCAACAAUUUGCAUCCUACCAGGCUGACGGACUAAAGAGAUUCAAUGCUUCGGAUCCGAACAAGCUUCUUCCCAGCAAUGUACCUGAGGGCUCUUUAAUUGUAAGAGCACACACGCCAAUGUCAAAUUUAUUCUCCUGUCUUUGGUUCAAUGAGGUCGAGCGCUUUACUCCUCGUGAUCAGCUAAGUUUUGCAUUUACCUACCAGAAGUUGAGAAGGAUGAAUCCUGACAAACCGUUUUAUCUUAAUAUGUUCAAGGACUGUGAGAGAAGAGCCAUAGCCAAACUUUUUCGACACAGGUCAGAGGAGAAGCGCACUAUACGCCAACAAGCAACAGAUUAAAUACUUUCAUCGCUCCUUUCGGAAAGCCGGUUCUUGCAUCAUUCUUUGUCCAUCCCUCAGGAUUUGCCCUCCAAUGCCAUGCUUUGUAGAAGACGAGGUUUGUUAAGAAGUUGUUAUGAAACAUGCUCUAGUCAUCUGAGCAGAGUCGAUACGAGAUUCCAAAUUUUGCGACAGAUUUGUUAGGAGGUAAAAGCCAAUAUUUUGAGGUUCUGCACAAGUCAACUAGGAAAGAAAUCUGAGCUGUUUGGUGCAUCAUUGUACUCAAUUUUCCCUUAUUAUUUGUUUUGGAAUUUAGAGGUGAGAGAAAGCCUCCAAUACCUGGAGGAAGUGAAGCCUUUAGUUCCCCUUUGUAUCAUUAGUUGCACUACAGAUGCUAUUUGUUAAUUGUUUUAUGAUCAUUUUUUAUCAUAAGAAAAAGGCUUUUGGUAGAAAAA